AUGGAAGGCAGGAAGACCAGAGGACGGCAGAAGAUUGAAAUAAAGAAAAUUGCAAAUGCAGACGAUCGCCAUGUCACUUUUUCAAAGAGGAGAUCUGGCAUUUACAAAAAGUGCAACGAGCUAGCAACCCUAUGCGGUGCAGAGGUUGGUGUCGUGGUGUUCUCCGAAUCUGAGAAACCAUUCUCGUACGGUAACCCCUCUAUCGAAUCCAUAGCUGACCGAUUCUUAAACCUCCAGCCUCCUCAAGAAAAUAGCGAUGACAGGAUCGCUGGUUCUCUUGUGGGAGCAUACAAGCGUGCAAGAUACAUGGAGAUACUGAACAAGCACAAUGAGUUAGAAGACAAGCUCAGGGAUGAACAGCUUCGAGAGAAAGUACUUCUGCAGAAAGAAAGAGCAAGAGCAAGUGCAGAGCAAGAAGGCCUCGGCUGGUGGCAGCGUCCUAUUAAGGAGCUAGACUCGGAGGAACUAAAACAAAUGUAUGCUUCCUUCCAGAACCUCCACAAUAGUCUCUCUAAUCAUCUGGUUCAUCUCAAUGUUGCCACCCAUAAUGUUAAUAAUAAUAACAAUAUUAUUAACAUGCAAUAA